AUGGGUAAAUCACAGAGUAAACUCAGCGAAGAACAGCUCAAAGAGUUGCAAAAGUGUACUUACUUCAAUAAAAAUGAGCUUCAGCAAUGGUACAAGGGCUUUUUAAAAGAUUGUCCAUCCGGAGAACUCGACAAGACCGAGUUUCAAAAGAUAUACAAACAAUUCUUCCCAUUCGGUGAUCCCUCGCGAUUUGCAGAAUACGUUUUUAAUGUAUUUGAUGAAGACAAGAAUGGUACUAUCGACUUUAAAGAAUUCAUAUGUGCUCUAUCUGUCACUUCGCGUGGAAGACUCGACGAGAAGCUAAUAUGGGCUUUUCAACUCUACGAUAUUGAUAAUGACGGAUUCAUAACACAAGACGAAAUGCUACGUAUUGUAGACGCUAUCUACAAGAUGGUUGGCAGUAUGGUUAAACUACCAGCUGAUGAGGAUACUCCACAGAAAAGAGUGGAUAAGAUAUUUGCUUUGAUGGAUAAGAAUCAUGAUGGAAAGCUUAGCAUGGAAGAAUUCCAAGAAGGUUCAAAGCAGGACCCAACUAUUGUGCAAGCUUUGAGUUUGUACGAUGGAUUAAAGCUUUAUGGCGAAGCCAUCUUUAUUAUUGUAUUAAAACUCUGA